AUGGGAGCAGGCAGUGACAUUGGUCGCGUCACAGCUCUAUUUUUGAAGCAGCAGAAAGUGAUCAAAACGUUAACUCUAUAUGAUGAGCCGGAAGGAUGUGUACUGGGAGUCGCUAGUGAUGUAGCUCAUAUAGACACCAGCACCGAAGUGGAGGCGUACCAAGGCCGUCUAUAUCUAAAACAUGCUCUUCACACUCUUAAGCUCAUUGGGACAUAUGAUAAACGACGCUUAUUGGGCGUGAACGCCAUCAGCUCCAUGCGCGCCAAUCAGCUGUUCUGUUCUCUCACUGGCAAAGACCCCAGUACUUCCCACAUGCCAGUGAUCUGUGGUACCGGCAGGUGUACAAGAGUGCCCGUGUUCUCGAUGGGUAAAGCAGGAAACUUCCCUCAGACUCAAGUAGAGUGCCUGACAAAGUUGGUACGAGAAGCUGAGGAGAUUAUUUGUAAGGUCAAGGGUGACGGAAAACAAGGGCAUCUAUCUAUCGGUUUUUCUACUGCCAGAUUUGUAAUUAAUAUUAUGAAAGGUCUUUUCGAGAAGCCAACCUUCAUCGACAGUGCUUUAGUAGAACAAGAAGACCCUAAAAAGUGCUACGACAUGCCUAUUUGCGCUACACCUAUCACGAUCGGUAAAGGAGGCAUCGUUCAAUAUGAAGUUCCUACGCUCAACGAGACAGAGACGAGACUUUUGGAAAAAAGCAAAUCACAAAUUUUUCGUGUGUUAGGUUCAAAAAACGAAAAAUAA